UCACGAGUUUUCCUGAAAAUCAACAGUGCAACGUCCGUUGGCUGCGGUUAACGGUAGCUUUCGUUGCCUUUUUGAAAAUCCGUGUGAUGUGUAGUUUUAUUAUUUCUGCCCGGCUCGUAACGUUGACAAAGGACGGUUGACUUGCUAGCACUCUGACGGUUUACCUUGCAGUUCCGUUACUCAAUAAGAAGGGAUGAAAAAAAAAUAACCCCUGCGGUUUAUGAACAGCAGGUGCACGGGAAUACCACAGCACCUGCCGCCGCUACAGGCUGAGUCACUGCUGGUAAGGAGGAAGGUCUGGAGAGGGAACGAGAGAGGAGGAGGUGGAGGAGGAGGGGGAGAAGAAGAAGAAGAAGAAGGGAGGGAGGCAGGGAGAUAAGCCACAACAGGAAGCAAAACGACACACGCGUGCACACACACACUGCGUGUUUGUGUGUGUGUCUGAGAGGGAGACUGCGCGAACGAGAGGGUGAACGGGAAAGGAAGGGAGGGAGAGUGACGCGGAGGCUGGGAGAGCCGGCCCCCCCCUCCUCCUCUCCUCCUCCUCUCCCUCUCUUUCUCUCCUCUCCUCCUCUCCUCCCCUCCUCCCUCUCUCUCUCUGUGGAGCAGGCGUGUAGCGGCAUCAGACUCGGCGUGAAGGAACCAUGAGCGAUGUCACCAUCGUUAGAGAGGGAUGGCUCCAGAAACGGGGUGAAUACAUAAAGAACUGGCGGCCGCGUUACUUUCUGCUGAAGACAGACGGCUCCUUUAUCGGCUACAAAGAGAAACCUCAAGACGCAGACCUGCCCUACCCCCUAAAUAACUUCUCUGUAGCAAAAUGUCAACUGAUGAAGACGGAGAGGCCGAAGCCAAACACCUUCAUCAUACGAUGCCUCCAGUGGACCACCGUCAUCGAGAGGACCUUCCACGUGGACUCUCCUGAUGAGAGAGAUGAGUGGACAGAGGCCAUCCAGAUGGUGGCCGACAAGCUGCAGAGACAAGAGGAAGAAAGGAUCCAGUGCAGCCCCACCUCCAACAUCGACAACAUGGUCGAGGAGGAGAUGGACAUCUCCACCACACACCACAAACGCAAGACAAUGAGUGACUUUGACUACUUGAAGCUGCUGGGAAAGGGAACCUUUGGUAAAGUGAUUCUUGUCCGAGAAAAGGCCAGCGGGAAAUACUACGCCAUGAAAAUCCUUAAAAAAGAAGUCAUCAUAGCCAAGGAUGAAGUGGCUCACACACUCACAGAGAGCAGAGUACUAAAAAACACCAGGCACCCCUUUCUCACUUCAUUAAAGUAUUCAUUCCAGACUAAAGACCGGCUCUGUUUCGUCAUGGAGUAUGUAAACGGAGGAGAGCUGUUUUUCCAUUUGUCCAGAGAGCGGGUGUUCUCAGAGGAGCGCACGCGCUUCUAUGGCGCCGAGAUUGUCUCGGCUCUUGACUACCUGCAUUCAGCCAAGAUUGUGUACCGGGACCUCAAGUUGGAAAACCUGAUGCUGGAUAAAGAUGGCCAUAUCAAGAUCACCGAUUUCGGCCUCUGCAAGGAGGGCAUCACAGACGCUGCUACCAUGAAGACCUUCUGUGGCACGCCCGAGUACCUCGCACCUGAGGUCCUGGAGGACAAUGACUACGGUCGUGCCGUGGACUGGUGGGGUUUGGGUGUGGUGACAUACGAGAUGAUGUGCGGCCGACUGCCGUUCUACAACCAGGACCACGAGAAGUUGUUUGAGCUCAUCCUCAUGGAGGACAUCAAGUUCCCGCGCACUCUGUCUUCCGACGCCAAGUCCCUGCUGUCGGGCCUGCUCAUCAAAGACCCCAACAAACGGCUUGGUGGAGGACCAGAUGAUGCUAAAGAAAUAAUGAGACACAGUUUCUUCUCUGGCGUUGACUGGCAGGAUGUCUAUGAUAAAAAGAUGGUCCCUCCCUUCAAGCCUCAGGUGACGUCGGAGACAGACACCAGAUACUUUGACGAGGAGUUCACAGCCCAGACCAUCACAAUCACUCCACCAGAGAAAUUUGACGAGGAUGGGAUGGACUGUCUGGACAACGAGAGAAGACCGCACUUCCCACAGUUCUCCUACUCUGCCAGUGGGCGGGAAUGAACUGUCCAUCACGGUGACAUCAUUACAGCUGGUCUCUGAGGUCAUCAGUGUGGGACAAAAGACCCACAGCUUUGGACUGACCCAGAAAGACUUGAAGGAUUUUGCCCUUCUCCUCCUCCUCCUCUCUUUUUCACCUCUGCAGUCUGCUUCUCUAUUUUAUUUUUAUUUUUGUGAAUUCCGUUUUAGAGAGAACUUCCAGUCAAAAUUACUUUCUAAUCCUGCACUGCAACCCUAGGUGAUCCGAACUGUGAUGUGAUCAGUUACUAUGUAAUGUCCCUUUAACGACAGGAGCAUCACCGGUGCCCUGCUGUGCUUUGACAUGUGUCGGUCCUGCCAAACUCUAAAAGAACAAAUAUGUCUGAUGAAGUUAGACAACAGCUGAUGCAUUUUUUAAGGAGACAUAGUUAUGGCUUCUUAUCUAUAAGAUGAAGAUAUAGCAUUUUAAGUCAUUCAAACCUAAACUGCCAUUACCGGUUCGAUCUCAGGCUUUUGCAAACACAGAUACUCUCAGACUCUGAGUCACUCGGGUCUGAUUUCAAAUCCUCACCUAAAUAAUUCUGGGAUUGACUGAGGCUGCCUGGCAUUGAGGGAGCAGUUGUCAUCAGCGAGCAUAAUCCUACAGCUUAUGUUGUCGAGCAGGAUUUGACUCAGGUUUGGCUCAGUGCAAUUCAUUAUUGUUGUUGCUGCUAUUUCAACUACUACCACAACUACUACAGGUUCUACUCCUCUUACUACUACUAUACUGCUACUACUAAAACCCGGUGCUACACUACUAGCUUAAUGCUGCAGAUCAUUUAACAGGCGCCAGCAACGCAUCAAUCACCUGCAUUACCAUCUAUGUAUCUUGUACAGCUGCAGAACAGGUGUUGCUAGUACUUCUAAUGUAAAGCUAUUGCACAUCAACUCUGUAGAUUAAAGUGAUGGUUCGGAGUAAUUUCACCCUAGGGUCCUUUGCACCAUGACCUC